AUGUUCAUCAGCUCCAAAGUCAUCGCUGCCCUGAUGGGCGCCUCCAUGGUCAACGCCCACAUGAUCAUGAGCAGCCCCACCCCUUUCAGCAAGGACACUCUCAACAACUCGCCUUUGCUAGAAGAUGGCAGUGACUUCCCAUGCAAGCUUCGCGAUAACGCCUUCGAGGCCCCAUCCACUGAGACAACCAUCGCCAUCGGCGAGUCCUUCCCCUCUUACCUUCGUCGUCUGACCACCGACCUGCAACCCUCCAAGUCCUCCGAGUGGAAAGUCAUCAAGUCUUUCGAGGGCGGCUGCCCUGCCAAUGUCGACGGCAACAUUCCCGGCGGCCCCGACCUCAUCGAUCCCUAUAGCUUCAAUUUCACCAUUCCCGACGGUAUCUCCGCUGGCAAAUACACACUCGCCUGGACCUGGUUCAACCGCAUCGGCAACCGCGAGAUGUACAUGAACUGCGCCCCAAUUACUGUCUCGGGUGGCUCCUCCAAGCGCUCUCCCGAGGAACUUGAGAGACGCGCUGCUAGCUUCCCUCCCAUGUUCGUCGCAAACAUCAAUGGCUGCUUAACACAGGAAGGUGUCGAUAUCCGCUUCCCUCAGUCCGGUGACUAUGUCGAGCAUGACGGUGUACCCACCAAUCUCGCCGAGGCGGGCUCCGAGGCUUGCGUCGGUACCGCCAGGUUCGGCGGCUCUGGUGAUACUUCCUCGGGCUCCGCCAGCUCUGGUUCAGACGCUGGGUCCAGUUCAUCUGGUUCCACUUCAUCUGGCUCUGCUUCCUCCGGCUCUGCUUCUUCUGGUUCUUCCUCUCCCCCCGUAGAGAGCGCCCCCGCUGCUGCCGCCUCCGCGGCCCCAGUCCCAGCUGCUGCUCCAUCAAACCCACCCACCGAGCCCGUGUCUGAGCCCGAGCCCGCGUCCACAACCGCUGCCCCAGCUCCCGUGACAAGCUCUUCAGCCUCCGACUUGGGAUCUACCUCCAGCUCCAGCUCCGGUACCCUAACAGGUAGCUGCAGUACCGAGGGCCAGUGGAACUGCAUCGCAGGCACCUCUUUCCAGCGCUGUGCUUCUGGCACCUGGUCCACCGCCCAGCCGAUGUCAACCGGUACGCAGUGCAACGCUGGUCAGAGCGAGGAGCUUGUUGUCACUGCCAGUAAGAAGGCGCGUCAUAUCUCAAGCAUGCGCUUCCGCAAGCGCACCCUCAGUGGUCACCACAUCCACCUUAGUUAG